GAAGCCAACGCGCUGUGUGCCCCGAUCCCCGAUCACUGUAGGGCCAGUGUACACUGUACAGCCGCGGCGACAUCUCGCAGUCUCCGCUGGCCAAGCGAACCCGUCGGUCUGUCCACUUACUGCUCCGGCGGUUGGCUGCUGCAUCCCUCAGGGAACCAGAGCUUCAGGAGUAAUAGAUUUCAGCCGAGUUUUACUUAUGUAAUGGGGUUAAUAUCACUUGUGCUUGCAAAACGGCACGAUCGCUACGAUGACAAAAAUUGUUUUAAGUAUUGACAUGUUCGAGUUAACGAGAAUAAAUCGAUGGCAGAGACCGAAAAAUGUACUUUAACAACUCGUUACGCGUAGACAGAGAAAAAGUUUUGUCACUUGUUUUCCCAUUGGAAUUGACUUCUAUCGGUCUAAAUACGUCAUUACUUUACAACACUCAACGAUGUUUCGAAACAAAAUGGGGACAAAAAAGCUUCUGGUGUGUCUGUUGAUCGUGGCGCUCUUGCUGAUCCACGAUGCCUCUGCCGAGAAAAAAAAGAAGCAUCGCCGUCGAACAACCACAACGACGGAGGCGACGGCUCAAGACGACGUGAUGAAUAUGCUCGAGGCAGACGAGGUCGCCGAGGAAGCCGCUUCGUCUGAGAAUCGAUCGGCCGAAAAGGCCGUGCCGUUGGAACAGGAGGACCCGUGUUUGCACAAGCACUGCGGGGCUGGACGCGUCUGUAAGUUGUCAGAAGAACGAGAGGCCAAGUGCGUCUGCAUCGAGCAAUGCGACGAAGAGGUUGACCCGCGGAGGCGCGUGUGCACAAACUACAACGAGACUUUCGGCAGCGACUGCGAGGUCUAUCAGGCCAGAUGUUUCUGCGAUACCAACGACCAACGCUGUAAAGGUCCAGAUUACCAGCAUGUACACAUCGAGUACUACGGGGAGUGCAAACAGAUGCCCGCGUGCAAGGAGGAGGAUAGGGCCGACUUCCCGCGGCGUAUGCGCGACUGGCUGUUCAACAUAAUGCGCGACCUGGCCGAUCGUCAAGAACUGCCGCACUACUACUUGAAGAUGCAGCGCGAAGCCGAGUCGAACCACACCCUGCGCUGGACGAACGCCGCCAUCUGGAAGUGGUGUGACCUCGACGGGCACCCCCACGACCGGUCCGUCUCGAGGCACGAGCUCUUCCCAAUCCGCGCGCCCCUCAUGGCCCUCGAGCACUGCAUCGCGCCCUUCCUCGACUCUUGCGACGCCGAUAACGAUCACAAGAUCACGCUCAAGGAAUGGGGAAAGUGCCUUGAGCUCGAAGAGGAUACCUUGGAGGAGCAGUGCGAUCAUAUAGCAGAAGCUGCUGGAGAUCUUGACCACUAACAAGGAAAAUAUUUUCAUGUCUGAGAAAAAUUCAAAUUCGUAUAUUUUUGUGCUUAUUUCUAUAAUAAUUAUAUAUAUGCACAUACAUUUACAAUUUUAUAAGUGCUAUUUUUAUAAUACUCGAGUAUGUCAUAUUAUGAUAGUCUAUACAUAAGAUGUGAUUACAUUUAUAUGUAUUUUAUAUCCAAUUCAUAUGCAUAUUUACACUAUACAUAUUUUUUUCUAGAUGUUUUAAAAUAUUUUAUACGGUGUGAAUUAAAAUUUUUAUUACAUGUAAUUUUUGCCACGAAAACUUUUACUGCUGUAUGGAAUAGUUUGACAGAUUAUAAAUAAUAUAAAGACGGAAAAAAAUACAGUUUUUCAAUAAGAUUUUCUUUCGACACAAA